GCCGCCUGCCUGCUUUUCACCGUAGAGGGGAGAAUUAGGGCUUUCUUCGCUCGUCCCAGUACCGGACGGAGUCCCUGUCCGAAUGGAGGACUCCGCCAAGAGGAGACAGAGACUUCAGGCCAUGCGCUUGGAGGCAGAGGCCACCUCCUCCUCCUCCUCUCAAAGCCUCAACUCUUCCGUUCCGCCGUCUCAACCUUCGCCUCAGCUCUCUAACCCUCUUCUCGACCCGCCGCCGGCCUCCGAGAGCUCGCCACCGGCCCGCAGGUUCGACUACUACACGGACCCCAUGUCGGCCUUCUCCGGUGCCAAGAGGAAAGGCGGCCCCGGUGCCUAUUGCUCUCCGACCCCCCCUCCCUCUCGCCCUAAUGUUGGACCAAGGACCUUUCAUAUGAGUCAUCAUCAAUUACAUGCAACUCAAUCUCAAGGUUCUACUUCGUAUCAAAUGCCACCCCAAUUUUCCCCAAACACCUCAUGGAGAAGCCCUGUUCAAUAUUCAACUCCGUACAGAGGCUACCAAGGAACUCCUGUUGGUGGCUCUGGUGUCUUGACUAGAUCUGGUGGUUCCUUCAGCGACCGCUGUACCUCAACUCCUCUAAGCGGUGGUUUCAGCCCUCACCAUGGACGAGGAGGCAGCCAUGUGAGUACUCCAGGAAUGAGAGGUAGCCCACAUUCAAAUUCUGGUAGAGGCAAAGGUGGGCGGUUCAGUGGCUACCACAGUCCACGAUGGACUAGAGGACAGGGCAGUGGUUCCUAUCGUACUGGUUCAGACCGGCAGGAAAUCGAUCACUACUACCAUAAGUCUAUGGUAAAAGACCCAUGGCGUAAGUUGAAGCCUAUUGUUGGGGAUAUAACCAAGCCGAGGAAUUGGCUUCUUGACUCGAAAAAAGUAAAGGUUGCCGAGAGUGGCAGCAAGUUCAGUUUUUCUAAGACAGGCUGCCUGGCUCAGUUUCUUGCAGAUGAAGAGGCUGCCAGUGAGAUGUAGUUUCUGUUUGAUUUCAUAAUUAUGUUUACACAGAAGUGUUACCUUCAGCUAGCAAUCACUGUGUGGUUAAUUCUGUAUAAAGCAUUGGGAAUCUGGUUAGUGUGGAAUUCAGCUUGCUCGGGGAGCUGGCCCUGCAUCCAUCUCAGGUUAUAGGGGUUUGGAUUUAUGUAGGAUUGGUGUAAAAUACAACACGAUGGAGAGGAAUCAACUUGGUUGGUUAAUUUACUAGCAUAAGAUUAUUACAGAACCAAAUUGCAAGAUUAAUUGUGACAAUUGCAUAUUACCUUUGCUCUUUAUUUCAAACCGAUGCUUCA